CAUGUAUAUAUGAAUGCCAGAUUGGACAAUAGAUAUAAAAUCAUGGUCAGCAAGCAAAACUGAAAGCAGAUCGCUAAGGACCUAUAACCUAUUGAUCUAUAUUCAAGCUUGGACACUACAGAUAAAAUCAUGACCAGCAAGCAAAACUAAUAGUUGAAGCAUAAGGACCUGUUCAUCUAUAUUCAAGCCUUCAAGUAAACACCAAAAGACUGGGCAACUCGACGGUUAAAUCAGGUCCUGUUGGGUUCACAUACCACUAUGUCUGACUCAGGUUCACAUACUAGACCGAGUCAGGUUCACAGAGACGAAUCAGGGGCAACCCAGACUGUGGAUGCUUCAAGAACAGGCACGACACAAAUGGAUCAUAGAGAGCGUGCACGUGCUAGCCAUCAAGAAUGGCGACAAUCGAUGAGUUCUACACAACAUCAAGCCUAUUUGGCACGGCGGCGAGCUCAUGCUCGGGGAAAGCGACUAGCCGUGGAAAAUGUAAGUGACCAUGGACAAGAGGCGGGCCCAAGUAAUAGGAAUAGGCUAGCUCCAGUACACUCCGACAACGAGAGCAUAAGUUCAAGAGUUUCAUCAUAUUCCCAAAACCAUGACCAAGAUGCUGCAAGGGUGCGCUUGACCCACAUAAGACAAUUAGCCCGUUCGACUAUGUCUCGACCGAGCAAUGUGGUUAUUCAGAAUUCUGUGCCUUACGAGAUGCCUAAUGUCACAAUGAAUAAUCACGAUGAGGACCACAAUAACAACGAGCAUAUGAUGAAUAAUCAUGAGGAUCAGAACAACAGCACUGAGCUAGAGAAUAAUCAACAGGAUCAGCGCAGCAGCAGUGUUGACCCAGUGCGCCGUACAAGGAGAGCAGUAGUAAAUUACAACUGCGCUAGAGAUUUUAAUGAGGGAUGGGGUGUCCCAUUUUGUCGACUGCCUGCACUAAGAACAUGUCCAUACUGCAAUGCACGGUUAUUUCAUCGAGAGACCUUCAAUUUGUGUUGUUCGAAAGGAAAUAUUGUUCUGCCUCUAAUACCCUCUCCGCCAGAGAUGAUCCAGCUCUUUUCUGACCAAACAGAUGUGGGUAGAAAAUUCAGACAAAAUAUCCGAGCCUAUAAUAAUGUGUUUGCGUUCACUUCAAUGGGUGUGCAUGUUGAUGAAUCCAUUAAUCUUCAAGGUCGUGGAAUUUAUACUUUUCGUGCACAGGGUUCUAUAUAUCAUAAGAUUGGUGGACUUUUACCAAGUGAAGGGGCGAGACCACGAUAUCUACAAGCUUACAUAUAUGACACCGAGCAUGAACUUGACAAUCGAUUGUCUGAAAGUGUAGUUUUAGACAGGGCAUUGGUUGAAAAGAUACAACAGAUAUUGAAUCACUAUAAUCCAUUUAUCCAUCAAUUUCGAAGCCUCGGACAGCGCCAAGACUUGCCUAAUUGCAGGCUUAUCAUAAGAGAGCAGCCUUCAAAUCAACGUCAGUAUUGUUUACCAUCUGCAUCACAAGUUGCUGCUAUUAUAGUAGGAGGGGGCGACAUCAAUCCGAAUGGAAGAGAUUUAAUUGUCCAAACAAUUAGUGGAAGACUCUGGAAUGUUAAAGACUCGGUCGGAUAUUACGACCCCAUGCAGUAUCCUUUGUUAUUACCUUAUGGAACAUAUGGGUGGGAUAUUAAUAGUCAUGAUGAGAAUGGAAGACCUAUGUCAUGUUGCGACUAUUAUGCAUAUAUGUUACAGAUGCGCCCAGGUGAUGAAAAUCCUCUACUUCGAGGCGGACGGCUCUUACAACAGUAUGUUGUAGAUAAUUACGUGAAAAUUGAAUCACAAAAACUCAGAUGGCUUCGCAGUAACCAAGAUACAAUUAGGAAAGAAUUUUAUCAAGGACUUCAAGACUCUUUUAUUGCAGGGGAAAACAAUGCAGGUAACGUCGGUCAUAGGACAAUUCUGCCAUCAUCAUUUGUUGGAAGUCCACGUGAUAUGUACCAACGGUACCAAGAUGCGAUGGCUUUGGUUCAAAAGUAUGGCAGACCAGAUUUGUUUAUCACUAUGACGUGUAACCCGAAUUGGGAAGAAAUUAAAAGUGAGCUACUCCCUGGACAAACAUCACAAGAUCGUCCAGAUUUAGAGGUCAGGGUAUUUCGUUCAAAACUUGAGCAACUAAAAGAAGACAUCAUCACCAAAGGGGUAUUGGGAAGAGUUAUUGCUCAUGCUUUCGUCGUUGAAUUUCAGAAACGGGGCCUACCACAUGUACACAUGCUGGUCAUGUUGGAUGAAAAUGAUAAGCUUAAUAACCCUGAAGAUUAUGACCGCAUUGUUAGAGCAGAAAUACCAGAUAAAGAUGAAGAGCCUCAACUUUAUGAUCUGGUGUUGAAACAUAUGAUUCACGGUCCAUGUGGAACCUUAAACCAACAGUCUUCAUGUAUGAAAAAUGGGAGAUGCAAUAAAAGUUAUCCAAAAUCAUUUGCAAAUUUCACUGUGCAAGGAAACGAUGCAUAUCCUAUAUAUCGAAGACGAGCAAGUCGCUUACCAGUCCCUCUACGUAGAUCUAGAGACACAAUGGUGGAUAAUAGUUGGGUUGUUCCUUAUAACCCGUGGUUGUUGCUACGGUAUGAUUGUCACAUCAAUGUUGAAAUAUGUGGGAGCAUAAAGAGUGUCAAAUACUUAUAUAAGUAUGUCUACAAAGGUCCUGAUAGAGUUGCAGUUCAAGUGCAAUCUGACCCGGAGUUCGAUGAAAUAAGACAAUUUGUCGAUGCAAGGUGGGUUUGUGCACCAGAGGCUUUAUGGAGGAUAUUUAAAUUUGUAAUGAACAGAAUAUAUCCAACAGUCGACCGAUUACAAAUACAUCUUCCAAACAUGCAACAAAUCAUAUUCGAUUCAGAUGAGACUAUAGAAGACAUUCUAGCAGAUGAGCAUGCACAAAAGUCUAUGCUUACUGAAUAUUUCACCAUGAACCGUAUGGAUCCGGACGCAAGGCGAUAUCUGUAUCGAGAAUUCCCUCAAUACUAUAGGUGGGAUAGUAAGCACAAAGCUUGGGUGAAAAGAAGGAACAACUACAAGGUUAUUGGGAGAAUAUACAGUGUUUCACCCUCCGAAGGUGAGAAAUUUUACCUGCGUGUCCUUCUUAAUCAUAUCAGAGGACCGAGAUCAUUUCGUGAUUUGCUUACUAUUAAUGGGGUUCUGCAACCAACUUUUAAGGAAGCGGCAGAGAAACGAGGUUUGCUGGAAGAUGAUAACAGCAUCAGACAAUGUCUGUUAGAGGCCUCUGCAAUUAGAAUGCCAUCAGCUUUGAGAAGAUUAUUCGUCACAAUUUUGGUGUAUAGUCAACCAACUGGUGUUCGAAGAUUGUGGGACGAAUUUUAUCCUUUCAUGAUCGAAGAUUAUUCUUCUUCAAGUGAUAUUGUCGAUAUUUCUGUCAGAAACAGGCUACUUCGAGAUCUAAACAGAAUGCUAGAACAAUUUAAUAAGACCACUAGAGAAUUUGAUCUGCCCGAAAUGACAAGUGAGCCAGAAGAUAGUCUAGGAAUGCCGAGAUGUAUUGAAGACGAACUUUCUAUAAAUAUCCCGCAAGAAGAUAUUGAUGCAAUUGACUACCUUAACAACGACCAAAUGAUCGCAUUCAACACCAUAAUGGCCGCAGUUGACGGAAGAGAAAGUGCAUUAUUUUUUCUCGAUGGUCCUGGAGGUACUGGGAAGACGUACUUAUAUCGUGCAUUACUAGCAAAGUUGAGAAGAACGAAUCAUAUAGUCUUAGCCACAGCAUCAUCUGGAAUUGCUGCAAAUUUAUUGCCCGGCGGGAGGACAGCUCACUCUAGAUUCAAGAUUCCACUCAAUGUAGAUGCAUCAUCCAUGUGUUCCAUAAGUAAACAGUUUGCUCUAGCACGACUGAUACAAGAUUCCACUGCAAUUAUUUGGGAUGAGGCACCUAUGACACAUCGACAUGUGUUUGAAGCACUUGAUCAAACAUUUCGAGACAUGAUGGAUGUCGAAUUACCGUUUGGUGGAAAGAUAAUGAUUUUUGGGGGAGAUUUUCGUCAAGUUCUCCCUGUUAUUCCUAAAGGAACGAAGUCUGAACUCAUUCAAGCCUCCAUUAAUUUCUACUUCGUGUUGGCGAUGGGAGUGAACAAGUCAUUAACGAUGAAAUGA